AUGCGAACUCAAGAGCUAAUUAACAUGAGCAAAGAAACUGAACUCGAGAUGCAAAGAGCAGCCAUUGAACGUACAAAGCAGUUUAAUAACACUGUCAGGGGAAAAUACAACAUAUGGAGGAAAGAACAUAACAGCCCUCACUCAGAUUCCACUUUGAAACUAUUGAAAGAUCAGAUUAUUACGGCCAAGGUGUAUGCUAGCAUUGCCCGUUCCAAGAAUUCUGCAGAUGAAAGCAUAAAUGCUGGGAAGAAACACAACACAUUCUUAGUCCAGCAUGCUGCAAAGACUAUCCCUAAACCCCUCCACUGCCUACCUUUACAGCUAACAACUGAUUACUUCUUGCACAACUAUACCAGCAAAGAACUAGCAGACAAGAACAAGCUUGAGGAUCCUUCCCUCUACCACUAUGCUAUUAUAUUCUCUGAUAAUGUUCUUGCAAUAGCUGUAGUUGUCAAUUCCACUGUGAUGCAUUCCAAAGAACCAGAAAAACAUGUAUUUCAUUUAGUUACAGACAGACUGAACUUUGCAGCUAUGAGAAUGUGGUUCAUUGUCCAUCCUCCUUCACCUGCGACAAUUAAUGUGGAGAAUAUUGAUGAUUUCAAGUGGCUUAACUCUUCUUAUUGUUCAGUUCUUCGUCAACUUGAGUCAGCCAGGAUUAAAGAAUACUACUUCAAAGCAAAUCAUCCAUCAUCUCUUUCUGUUUGGAAUGAAAAUAUCAAAUAUAGGAAUCCCAAGUAUCUGUCUAUGCUUAACCAUCCAAGGUUCUACAUGCCAGAAGUGUACCCAAAGCUUGAUAAGAUACUUUUUCUUGAUGAUGAUGUUGUUGUUCAAAAGGAUCUGACACCGCUCUGGUCUAUAGAUUUGAAGGGGAUGGUGAAUGGAGCAGUCGAGACAUGCAAAGAGAGCUUUCAUAGGUUUGAUACUUACCUCCAUUUCUCAAACCCAAAAAUCUCUGAAAAUUUUGAUCCACAAGCUUGUGGAUGGGCAUUUGGGAUGAACAUCUUUGACUUGAAGGAAUGGAAGAAGCGAAAUAUCACUGGAAUAUAUCAUUAUUGGCAAGACUGGAGAAAUGAAACAAUAGAGGUCGAUGAAAGUGCUCUUUUUAGAAAGAAAAGUGAAAGUGUUCUUGUGAAUUCAUAA